AUGGGAUUUUUCCACCUCCACCGCACUAGCAGCGCCUCCUCUUCCCGUUCAGGCUCAUCUGCACACUCCUUUACAUCGAACUAUGGUACGCCGAGAAGCAGCACCGAUUCGACAGGCGACUACAUGACUGCGACAAUCAAACCUCACUCGAUCCCGGUGCGGGCUCCUCUCCUAAAUCUCCCCUUGGAAAUCCUGCAGCAUGUCGCCAGCUAUCUGGAUGACGCCUCGGCCUCCGCUCUCAGUCUCUCGAACCGCCAACUUUGCUACGCUAUCGGGACGGGCCGACUUUCCAACUACAUCUCAUCUGCAUCAAGUCGGUUUGACGCACGUGACCGCAUGGAAGACACCAUCGAGCGCGCACUCCCCGGCUCCUGGCACUGCGCGUGGUGCGAUAAAUUCCACCCCUGGUCCGCGACCGACACUCCUGUAUCUGCAUCACAAACCCUCCGAAAACCAUGUGCAGAAUACAACAGCUACCUCUCCGACUCCACCGGCUACACCUUACGCUACCACCACAUGCGUCUCGCUCUCGCCCAUCAAAGACACGGCCCCGCUCACGGCCUUCCCCUGUCCGCGUUUUCGUACACCAGCAGCUCCAGUAUCACUCUGUUCCAAACCCCUGUCCAGACGUCCAUUAGCCACGAAGCCCAAAUCUGCAACGGUAGGUUCUUGCUGCACACCACCUUCUCCAUCCUACUCCCCUCCUGGGCCGCGCACCACAAGAACCUCAUCGGACACCUGUGGCCCCUACUCCCGCCCACGCUCACACAACACCGCACAGGUGAGUACGGGCACACGGGUCUCAUGGCCGCGCUGGACAACGUGGCGAGGCGGGGCUGGCUCGUGCUGGGCGCACAGUCCUGCUCUGACUGUCAGACGGACUGGGCGGUGACGGCGUUCCAGAUCCCGAGCAGCGUGGCAGGCGAAUUUGUGCGGCUGAAUAUCCAGACGUGGCGCGAUCUUGGGACGGGUAGGUCGCCCUUCGAUACAGAGUGGCGCGCGCAUGGUCCAUUUAUCGCGGGCAUGCAGGAGUACGGGGUCAGGGAGGAGAUGAGUAGGGAGAAGGGCAGUGUGAGGAGGGCUUUUGAGGAGUCGAUGGGGAAGACUGAGAGGGGGGUGAGGGAGAGGAGCGAUGGUGUGUGGGAGAGAUUGGCGUACUCGUGGCAGCUGGAUAAGAAGAGGGACGAGGAGAGGGAUCAGGAGAAGGAGUGGAGGGCGAUUUGGAAGUAUAUUGCACGCAGGGCGGGGGCUGAGUCUGGCAAAGCCUAG